UAUGAAAGAGGUUUAAAAAUCCUUUUAAAAAUAUACUGUUUUACACUGUUUUGAUAAGCUCUAUCCAACCACACAUAAGCCAUCGAGAAAAAAAAGUUGCUCAAAUUUUGCGUUGGGCACACCUUACCUAAGAUCUUGUUAAGUUAUGAGGUACAGAAAUGUCAGUAGAUCUUGAAAAUUUGUUCCUAAGAUCUUCAAAUCCUGGACAACAUCUUACGGUAAUCACAUUUUUUUAGAAAUUACUGGUGUCUUCUAGCAGCUAACUAUGUGAGAGAUUGUUCGUAGGAUCAUUGAGGUGCCGAAAAAGACGAUUAUUGUAAAGAUCUUUCGAGUUGAUCUUGGUCGCAACCUGACCAAGUUCGCUUGUGACAAAGAAUAAUCUUCAAAUUCAUGAUCAGCAUCAAAAGUUACAUUCGACAGACUAUUUAAGACAAACUCAUUGUCAUUCUUAAACGGUUUGUUUCGAUUACUUUUGACCAUAUGUAUUUUUCAUGAGUGAAGAUUAUAACUAUAAAAUCUGUACCCAAGAUCUAAUUACAGAUCUUGUUGCACGAUAAUGUGAAUUUCGUGCACCUAAACUCUCAAGAUCUACUAAUUUUUCUGUACUUUGGAUCUUGCCAAGAUCUUGCUUAUAAGACGUUCGUUUAGCAAUAUCGAAUCAAUUUUCCAUUGUUGUGUAAUGGAGCAAUUAAUUUAAAACCUAUCCUCAUUGAUGGCUCUUAUGAAACAGACGAGACAAGAUGUGAACAUUGGCAAUGUAAUAAUACAUAUACUAGAUGUGAUGGAUUUUUGUUAUGCGAAGAUGGAGCCGAUGAGAUCAACUGUCCAGAUUCAUAUUGCCCGCCGUUUCAUCACCCGUGCAUCUUUUUCAACGAUACAUCUGUAUUAUCAUGCUUACCAAUUAAUAGAGCUGGUGAUGGAAUUAUCGAUUGUGUAGGAGCCUCAGAUGAACCAAAACGUUGUCGAAUGAGUGACGAGUACAAGGUUUAUGAAAGGUUUAACUGUUUCAAUGAUACGCAAUGUAUUGAUACGCGUUACCUGUGUAAUGGAAAUCAAAACUGUAAAUUUAAUGAUGAUGAAACCAUUUGUAAAAACCAUACUGGUUUUUGGCAAACGCUUUGUUCCUUCUCUUCGUCAACUGGCAUAGAAAGAGACGAUUUUCUGUGUCAUUUAGGUAGGUGGUAUCCAAAGUUGGCUCGAACAAAUUUCUUAAUACGUAAUAUGCCAAUCUACCCACUAUUAUUACAGACUACAACAACAACUACUACUACAUUUACGGAAUCAGUUGAGUCACAAGUAAAUCCUAUGGAAAACAAUGCGAUGAUUAAUAUUCAAAAUAAUAAUGAUCCUUGGUUAUGUAAUCAAGGUGUUCCAAUUCAGAUUGGUAUCGAUCGAAAUCAAUUCAAACGAAUUUGCCUUUGUCCACCGAGUUAUUAUGGUGAUGAAUGUCAAUAUGAAAAUCAACGCGUCAGUCUUACACUACAAAUCCAAGCAACAUCAGGUAGACGCAAUGUCUUUGUAUUCAUUAUAAUUCUAGUUGAUAAUGGAGGACAAAUUCAAUCACAUGAUUAUAUUGAAUAUUUGCCAACUGUAGAUUGUAAGACAAAAUUCGAUGUCUAUUUACUCUAUUCCAUGCGACCAAAAAAUUCAUCAAAAGCGUAUUCAGUACAAAUUCAUGCAUUUAACAAAAUAACGAUGUCGUAUCGAGCAAGUUGGAUUUACCCAAUACAAUUUCCAUUUUUACCUGUAUAUCGUCUAUCUGUUCAACUUAUUAUUCCUUUUUCGAAUGCUAUUCCCUUAAAAAGUUUUGCAUUAAAAUGCAAUCAUGGUCAAUGUUACAAUUAUGUUAAUAAUCAAAGUUUGACAUACUGUCUAUGUCAACCAGGUUGGUCAGGUGUUGAAUGUACAAAACAAUAUAAAUGUGAAUGUGCACCAACUUCAAUAUGUUUCGAUCAAUCGAUAUGUGUAUGUCCUCUUAAUCGAUAUGGCCCUCGAUGUUAUUUUCAUCAUUACUCAUGUCAUUCAGAAACAUGUAUGAAUGGCGGUCAAUGCAUCCCUGGCGAUGAACGACGCAGAGCCUCUCGCAUGAAUCGUCCAAGGUGUAUUUGUACACCUGAAUAUUUCGGAAAUCAAUGUCAAAAUCGACGACGAGAGAAACCGACUGAACUUCAUAUAUCUUUCGAUAAGAAAAUAGCUAUUCCAGCAUCAUUAUUUAUCCAUUUUAUCACAAUAGACCAUUUAGAGAACCCUGUUCAAAACAGUACAGUAAAAAAGAUUGGUUUCGAUCAAAAUUCACUUUCAAUGAAAACUUCAGUUAUAUUUCAUAUAGCUUUUGCUGAUAUAUCUAAGACGUAUUAUCUUCUUGUUCUUCAAUCGCAAGCUGUUAUUUCAUCUAAUAUUAGUACAAAAAUCGUUCCAUCACAUCGAUGCGCCUCAAUAUUUGAAUUAUUCAAUGAAAGUAUUAGUAACCAACCCUUGAUAAAACGAAUAAAAUAUUAUCAUAUUCCAUGUCAACAACGUCACGAUCUAGUUUGUUUUUAUGAUUCUACUCAAAUUUGUUUAUGUGAUCUUUCUCAUCAAGCCAAUUGUUUCGAUUUUGAUCAUAAUGUCAUAGGUGACUGUAAGAAACAUAAUUUAUGUGAAAAUGAUGGUCAUUGUUUUUUGGAUGAUAUGGAAUGUCCAACAUCAUUUCUAUGCGCUUGUCCUGAUUGUUAUUAUGGAACAGUUUGCCAGUUUUCAACAAAACAAUUAUCUCUCACAUUAGAUGCAAUAUUGGGUUAUCGAAUUCUUCCUCAUCUUACAUUUAGUCAACAACCAUUUGUUGUCAAAAUUGCAAUGAUAACUACUAUUAUUAUAUUCUGCUUAGGAAUUCUUAGCAGUUUCUUUUCAUUUUUAACAUUUCGAACGCAGAAAACCCGUGAUGUCGGCUGUGGUUUGUAUCUUUAUGCAUCAUCAAUUACAUCAAUGAUUACAUUAUGUGUAUUUUUAAUGAAAUUCUCGUUUCUUGUUGCAUUUCAAAUGAAAAUCAUUCGUAAAGAUAUUAUAUCACAUGUUCAAUGUCGUAUUCUUGAUUUUCUUCUUCGAUUUUUAUUGAGUAAUUUUGAUUGGUUGAAUGGUUGUGUUGCUGUCGAACGAGCUCUAAAUGUUUCUAAGGGCAUUACUUUUGAUAAAGCAAAAAGCAAAAGGAUUGCUAAACGAAUGAUUUUCAUCGUUUUAUUUGUAACAUUUCUAACACAUAUUCAUGAUGUUAUUCAUCGUCAACUGGUAGAUGAUGAAGAAGCAGAACGCACAUUAUGUAUUACGAAAUAUUCGUCAUUAUUAAAAAUCUUUGACAAUAUUAUUACAAUAUUUCAUUUUUCUUUUCCAUUCUUCAUUAAUUUCUUUUCCACAGUGUUUCUUAUUAUUCGUGCAACUCGUAUUCGUUCAAAUGCAAAGAAAGAUGAAACAUUCAAAAGACUUUUACGUGAACAAUUUCUGCAUCAUAAACAUGUCCUUAUUUCAACAACUCUUCUCGUUCUAUUAGCGUCUCCACGUAUAAUUAUAUCAUUUACAUCAGGAUGUAUGAAAUCUGCGAGAGAUGCUUGGUUUUAUUUAAUUGGGUACUUUAUUUCAUUUAUUCCAUCAAUGUUAUUUUUGAUUAUAUUUAUUCUGCCAUCAAAAUUGUAUACAGCUGAAUUUAACAAGAUUCGAAAAGAACUUUGCAAACGACACAAUUAG